CGUCAUCUGGGCCGAAACAAACGGCUCUGAUUGAUUAACUUAUCGCGAUUCGCGCGAGCUCAGUCGGAUAGACGUUUGAGAGCGUUCAGCCUCCAUAUCUUCGUCAGUCUUCUUGGACUACGAGAUCUGGCUUUGCGGCCGCUUCACAGUAGUCGCGAGCCCAUUGACGAGACUUGUUUUGCGAGUUAGCAAGGGGAUUCUGCGCGCAAUUCUUCGCCAAGCGUAUUCGUUUUCAAACAGUCUUGAUAUCACUUAGCUUUCAGGUAGCUGUCGCCCUCGGAAACUAACAAGAAGGGCUGGAUGCUACAAGCUAUAAAGGUCGAGAUAGUCCCACUGCCAUCCUAGUUGAGCGUCGAACACAACAGUCCACCUGCCUCCCCGCGUCAAGAGUUUAUAACGUUAUUCUCACGAUUCCCUGACAUUAUACUCCUUCCACCAACAUCUUCGAAUCUAUAGGCGGAGCUACUAAUUGUGGUUGAUUACGUCCAAAUUGCUGACAUGACGUCUUCUGCCUCAAAUCACCAACAUCCUUCGACCUCCGCCGCUGAAUUCUCCGCUCACCAAACCGCGCCGUCUUCCAACAUUGACCCGAACGGAAAUAUAGCUACGAGUGGAUAUGCACCAAAUGAGAAUCAACUUGCUGGGUUAGUAGAAGCUGCUACUGCAGCGGCUGGGCAAGACGUAUCAGAAUGGGCUGCCGCUGCCGCAGUUGCUGCCGCGGCUGGUGCUGCUGGACAUCAGCAUCACCUAGAUGGCUACCCACCGGAAAUUCAUAUCGAGGAUGAUAGUUUUGCGGAUGCAGGCUUUGGAGCAGGGCUGACUGCUGGGAGACAGUUACGAGGGCCAGGACCAUCUGCUAGCGAGCAUAAUCAACCCUCCGGGCUGUCAAGAACCGUGUCAAAGAAGAGAAAGCGCGAUGACCCCCUCGACCCAGCUUUAACAGCAUCUGGACCGAGUGGUCACCAGCAGCAGCCCCAUCACCAUAAUUCGCAUCAUUAUGGUGGUGAUGGCCUUGAUAUCCGAUCUGCGCCGCCCCAGUCACUAUCAGAAGCGCGUGCUGUUGGUUUACAUUCCGCAGCUGCUUUGUUCCGCCAACCCUCGAGUAACAAAAAGUACACCCGUCCACCCAUGUCGAAGCUUUUCGCUUCAUUGGAACUAUCACCGGAGAACUUUCUGCACCUACAAGCAGCUGCUAAGUCAUAUAUGCUAGAUGACAAGCACCCAGAGCGACGCGAGUGUGUUGGUCAACGUGGUAAGGGUGAUACAGAGAUGGUGAAACUGAGACUCUGGAAUUGUGUGCGCCACUUUUUGGAAGCCGAGGGUCAUGGCGAGCGAUUCUUCGGUGAAAACGUGGUCAACGAGGGUAUAGGUCCCAGAACCUAUGUAUGGCCACGGGAUCAGCAAAAAAUAAUCUCAUUGGUCAUCCCACUGCUACGACGCAUGGUUACCAAUGAACGGCAGAGGCAGUAUGCAGUUGAGACGAGGAAGGGGGGUGGAACAGAGGAAAGGCGACGAAGGAAAACAGAAGACAGCCUCCAGAAUAUGAAUAGUGCUAGCCCCCCGAAGUUUCCUGUUGAAGAGCAACUCCAGAUGCACAAUCCUCCUGAGGGGUAUGUGCCGACACACCACGAGAUGGGAACAACGUCACAAGACAUGGAGUUGGGCUUGACAGACCUCUUCUUAGAUGGUUAUCCAGCUGACUGGAAUGCGAUUUCUAAAACGUACGAGACUUACAAUCAGAAUUACGAACUCGACAACCUAUGGUAUCUUUCAGGCCUACAGCAGCCAGAUUGGCGAGGGCUGGUAGCUGCUGUUGACAGCCACUAUCAGGUCUAUCACGGCGGCGAUUAUGACUGCCCUACACCAUGUGAGGAUGGGAAUAUCAACCGUAUUCUACAUGCAAAUUCAGCGUCAGAUCUACGCUGGAGAAUAGGCGGGAAUCGCAGUCAAGUUGCCAGAAACGAAUUUGCAAGUAGUAUCACUCGCGAUGUUUCCCGAAUCAUUCGCGAUAAUAUCGCUACGAAGCAUGGCGUUCAUACGUCAAGUGGAGACCAAACACCCAUGCACCCAUCAAAUUUUCCGCCACUACCAGCGGGUCUAACCCUUAACAAUCACCCGGCGGCGACGCCUCAGGCACCUAUAUCUUUGCGAAUCAAUAUCAUGCAAAGCGGGAAACGUGUUCUACCGCGGGUAGAUCUCCCUGCGAGUCACUGUCCCGAUCUUGAGACUAUGAAACAGAUACUUUGUCGUCGAUUUGCUGGACAACUGCCAGGUCUCUCCGCUGACCCCUCGCUGGACCCUGCAGCCUAUAUGUCCUCGAUUGACUGGAGGUUUAAAGUCUGGCUGCCAGACGGAUUGACUCCUGUACAAAACGAUGGCGAGUGGACGAUUGCCCUUCUCUCCUCUGGAAAUAUUGACUGGAUGGAUGGUGUUUUAAGAGUUCUUGUCGAGCUGGAGGGCACCUAAUAGUGCAGAGCAUUCCCCGGGUUGACGACGGACCCGAAUUUUCUUCUUUCUAUCCCUCCCGGUCUGAGAUGCAGCAACGACUUUGCUUCCUCGUAUCUAAUGGCCUGUCUUCCCUGGAGGAUACGAGCAUUCGUGAUCUUCUUUUCUCUUUUGAUCUGGCCCUCCUCUCCUACCUCGUUUACCUUCGCUUUACCUUUUUUAUCUUGCACCCCACUUUGCAUAUAAAAUUUCAUACCUUAACUCUUGUCCUCUUUGCGGUCAAGUUCGAAAGUUUACAGUUCAUACCCUUUAAUGCCCAUUACGGACAUGAUUUAACAGGAUGAGACGUGAUAUAUGUGCAUGCUGGCAUUAGUUGAAUUCAGGAGGUAGAUUAGUGCAUUUUAAU